ACCACCAACGAAUCACAACCAUCUUCCGGUCCAGUCGAAACUGCAAACAAUGCAGCAUCAGAACAAAGUCCUCAACAGACAAUGGAGAAUGCCGUGACUGCCGAUACGAAGCCCACAGAAAGUGGCGAAAGCGCUGCGCCAAAUGUUUCCACCACGACCAACGAUACGACUGUCGCCUCGUCGAAUGGUGCAGCCCAGACUGCCGCGGAAAAGACCAAAGAGCCGUCGCCGGAAGCUGCGGGUGCACAUGCGAAAGAGGUGGAGAGCCCCAAGGACGAACAGCCAAAAGAAGAUGAAGACUCCGGAUCGUCGCUGGUGAUCACUCUGCUGUUGACGUCGGGAUCGCGACAUCCGUUUAAGAUUGAUGGGAAAUACCUACGCAAGCAGUCGGUCAAUGUCGAAAACAAUGACCCAUUUGCCAUGAGUGUCUAUACUCUCAAGGAAUUGAUCUGGAGGGAAUGGCGUUCAGACUGGGAAUCGCGUCCGUCGUCACCUAGCUCCAUCCGACUGAUCUCGUUUGGGAAACUAUUAGAAGAUAAAGCACCUCUAUCGGACUCCAAAUUUAACCGUGACGCACCCAACGUCGUUCACAUGACAAUUAAACCCCAGGAGCUUAUCGAUGAAGAGGACGCCGCUGGAGCCAAGGGCCAAUCCAUCCGGGAACGGGUCCCCAGCGUACGCAGCCCUGGAUGUCGCUGUGUCAUC